UACUUCAGCCAUGGCCUACAGAGACAGACGAACCCAUCGCGCCGCGCGUGCGGAUUUGAAUGUCAUAAACUGUCAUCGCCGAUAUACAUAUCUCGACUAUUCACAGUCUGAGUUCAGACUGCGAGAACCAAAGGCCCAGGCGUAUCUCCCCCUCGAGCGUGCGUACAGAUACUCGCCCAUACCGUAUGAUCUUGAUCCACAGUACCAUCACAAGGUGCUCGGCGGACAGGCGCAGCUGUUUACUGAGUACAUCACCUCAUGGGCGCAUCUGAUGUACAUGGCAUACCCACGUACAUGCGCAAUCGCAGACCGCCUGUGGAACACCAACGGAACAACCGACUACGACGAGUUCAAGGAACGUCUGGCUAUUCACCUCGAUCGAUUAAAGGCUCUAGGAGUCAACUACCGCCAGCCAGAUGAGAUACAGACGACAGCGUAGGAGAUGAGAGACUGCAAUUAUACGCUAUGCCCCACCUACUGACUAAGGCCAUACACUGGAGGCAAACGGAGGGUUUAUCAAAACCCUAAACCCCUGAACAGACGAAGGUUGUUAUUAGCGUACACUCGCAAGGUGCUUGUGUUGUUCAAUGCCGAUCAUAGAAUAGAAGACCAAGUAGGGGCCGACUGGUAACCAUGGAUGCGAGGGGCUCAUUUGGUCGCACACUGUGGCACACGAACACGUACUAUUACCAAUGACUACGUAUCGCUGACGCCUGACAGUGAUCGCAUUAGAUUUGGUGGUGGCUGUAUGAUAAGAUGGUUGUUAGCAGUAGUGUUUCCUUCAUACACAGACAUCGCAAGGUGGUACAUGCGCUCACUUUUGUGCUUGUUGGCAAAAGAGGCGUAGCCCCAGCGCUGUCCCAGGGGGCAACAGCCCAUACUCACCUCUCUGUGCAGAGCUUUGGCUCGAGCGAAACCACGGCAGUAUGCACAAAUCUGGUGCAUAAAACAUACCCUUUCCAGCAUGUAAUACGGUGAGUGAUGUAGAGACAGAUGCCGUAGCGCGCUAAAACAGCCACGAUGACGGACACUUUCCGGUGAGUACACGGGUACUAACGCACACACCAAUGAGAUGCCGUAAAUAUAGAAGCUUGUCUGUUUGUCGCACACUCGGCAACCAGGACUAGCAGAGC